AUGCCAAAGUGCGAGGAUGCUCAAGAUUUGAAUCAACAUAAACUCGUCGACAUCUAUCAACAGCUUACCGAUGCCAUACAACAUUCGAGCCUCGACAUACCAAUAUUGCGAACCGAGGAACAGCAAUGGACGCCAGAGGUCAACCCUUCGUUGAGAACCACGGUAGAUCCUCACUGA